AUGACACGGCAGGAUAUCUCUAAAGGCUUUGAAGCGCACGAAAACAGUUUCGGCGUUGCCAAGAAUGGCCUGUUCAACAACGAGUCCUUCAUCCCGGUUACGUUCGUGAAACGCGAAGAGCUCAACAAGGAUGUGCGAAAGUACACAUUCAAGCAUCAUCAGCAGAAAGGCGUGCAUGUCCACACUGGCCAGCACUUUCUCUGUGGCUUCAUGAUGACUGAUGGCAUCACGGCACGGCCAUAUGCUAUGACGCGUCCAAUCGGCGAGGACAAGGAAGAUGGCACAUUCGACAUGAUUGUCAAGACUUACUUUCCUGAUGACAAGCAGCCUGGAGGCCUUUUUGGAAAUGUGCUCGAUAUGCUGGAUGCCGAGCGAGAAGACACGCUUCUCAUCAUGGGCAGCUAUGGCCCAAUCCGCUAUCAGGGAAACGGCACGUUUCUAGUUGAUCAAGAAGAAGACGGCCACGAACAAACAAUCAAUGCGAAACGCGUCAACUUUAUCAGUGGCGGCACUGGUAUGACGCCAGUUUGGGCAACCAUCAAAAAGAUGCUCGAAUGUGACAAUACCCAGAUCCCCAUACGGUUCCUUGAUGCCAACACGAAUGUGGAUGAGAUUCUGUUACAUGAUGAGAUUGACGCUCUUGCCAAGGUGCAUGGCGAUGCUUUCCAAAUAACACACACGCUUGAAGACGCAGACAGCAGCUGGACUGGCGAGCGAGGUUUGGCCGACAAGCAAAAGAUUGACAAGUAUUUGUUUCCCGCCGACCACGAUACAAUCACAUUUGUCUGUGGCCCACCGCCAAUGAUCAAAGCUGCUGGAGAAGCCCUGAACGAGCUUGGCUUUGAGACUGGCAAGAACUUUUUCCACUUUUAA